AUGGACCCCGCGGCCAAGGAGGGGCGGCUCUACGUGCAGCAGGGCCACAAGUUCGGGGCUAAGAGAUGGAAGAAGAACUGGUUUGUGCUGUACCCAGCCAGCCAACAUGGGGUCGCCCGCCUGGAGUUCUUUGACUGCAAGGACCCAGGGGCCCCAGCCGAGAAACUCAGCACCAAGCGGCUGGACAAGAAGAUCAUCCGCCUGGCGGACUGUCUCAGCGUGGCGCCCAUGCCGGAGAGCGGCCCCAAGGACAGCACGGCUGUUUUCCGCCUGGAGACCAGCGACAGAAGCUACCUGUUUGCUGCAGAGAAGGAGCAGAGCGCGGAGUGGGUGAAGAAGCUGUGUGAGAUCGCCUUUUCGGGGAACUCUACCAGUUUAGCCCAGCCUGGGUGCAGCAAGGAGUCUGACGUGGGGGCACCGGCCCUGGAGAUGGCAGUGAACUCGAUUUACUACUCGCGGGAAGAAGUGAACGCUUUCUGGGUGACAGUGCAGAGGACGGAGGCAGCGGAGCGGUGUGCGCUGCAUGGGGCCUACAUGCUCAAAGCCGAGCAGGACAGCUUGAUCCUCAAGGAGCCCCGGACACAAGAAACUCUCUACACCUGGCCUUACAGGCUGCUCAGGAGAUAUGGCCGAGACAAGGUGAUGUUCUCCUUUGAAGCUGGCAGGCGCUGCGAGUCUGGGCCUGGGAACUUCACAUUUGAGACCAAGCAGGGGAAUGAGAUCUUCCGGCUAGUGGAGGCCUCCAUUCGGGAGCAGAAAGCCCAGGUAGAGGAGAACAGACAGAGCUGCGACUCCCUGGACUUGGACUGCCCCAGUGUGGUGCUGAUCCGCAAUGCCCUGGCUGACUCGCUGAGCCUUGAGCUGCCUGCCGAGGGGGAUGGCCCAACGGUGCCCAAAGCUGGGCUGGCAGCAAAGCUCAGUGCUGCUCCGGAGGAGAGGGACGCCAUAGCCCUGCUGAAGGCUCGCACUCUCCCAGAGCCCCCGGUGCCACCCAAGCCUGCUCACCCCAGCACGCCCCCACGCUCCCCGCUGCCCAAGGUACCCAGGGCCCUGCUCCCUUCUGAGGACCCAGCCAGCUUGUACUCAGAGCCCAUGGACGCAGUGAAGGGCAUCCGAGCCAGGCUGGACCCGCUGUACUCAGACCCCAUCGACAGCAAGCCUGGAGGUGGGGCCAUGGGUCAUGGCCCUGCCCAGGAAGAGGCAAAGCUCAGGAAACCUGGCUGUCUGUACUCAGGCCUGUACGACAGGGUCCAGCCAGCGGGGAACAGCCAAGCUGAGAGGCUGCCGAGAUGCAGGGAGCACAUCUAUGAUGAGCCCGAGGGGCGGGCCCCCCACCCAGUGCCUGCCAACACCUCCAUCUACGAUGAGGCGCGGCCAACAGGCGAGGCCUGGCGCACGCAGGGCAUCGAAGACGAGGGCGGGUAUGAGUAUCCCUACAAUCCCAGAACUGACGACUACUCAGUGCCUGCCUUCCAGCACAAAGCCGGGCCCAAAGGUCCCAAGCCCAUCCCUGCCCCCAAGCCCCAGUCCGUGUUCAUUCCCAAAGGCGCUGAGAGGAGCCCAGAGCCCAGCAAAUGGCGUGUGAACCUGGCUCCCGACAAACCAGGUGUCAGAUCUGGCUUCAACAACAACAACAACAACAAUGAGGUGCUGUACAGCCAGGUGCUGAAGCCCCUGCGAGUGCCAGGGCAGGAGCUGUCUGUGGAUGAGAAUGCUCUAAUGCCCAUCUAUGAAGACCUGGGAGAGAUAUAACCUCCUGUGCCGCAGCCCCUACUCUGCACCUUCCUCUGGGAGGGGCCAUGGGGCUCAGAAUCCGGCAGGAGCCAUGCAGGGUGCUGUCCUCUCUGGGUCCCUGCAGGGUGGGCCCGGGGACUGUGCU